AUGCCUCCUAAGCCAAAGCCAAAGAAAGCACCCUAAGAACCAGAAGAUGAAUUUACUAAGAUGACUGCUUAAGAGCUUACAUAGAAUUUAAAUAUAUUUAGAGAUAAGUUGACUGAAUUGAAGUAAAAGAGAAAUUAUAUCCAAAUGGAUCGGGAUAUGGUUCAAAAUUUUUUCUCAAAUUGCUUAUCAGAAAUUUAAGAGUUAAAUAUUAAAAUCGUUAAUAAAGAAACUGAAGCUGAAUAAUUGGAGGAAACUCAUAGAAUCCAAUUAAAAAGCUAUUUAUAAAAAGUAUAACUAUCAAUAAGGAUAGGUUAAACAUCUUGAGUAUGAAUAAGAAAAAGCAAAUGAUGAAAUAGAAAAAGAUGGAAAGGAAGCACAUAAUUUGGAAAAUGAUCAUUUUUCUAAGAGAAGUGAUGAAUAAAAAAGAUAAAAAACACAUUUAAAAAAAUUAUAGGAAGAAUAUGAAAAUUCAUAUAUUCAUGCAAUUGAAAAGGAAGAAAAGAAUAAUAAGAAAACUCUUGAUAAAUCAAAAUAAGUUUUUGAUGAAACUUUAAAAAAUAUGGAAGAGAAAUAUAAAAUGAGACUUUAAAAAUUAAAAGAGGAAUUAGAACUUAGACUUAAAGUAGAAAUCCAUGAACUAGAAGAAAGAAAAAAUCUUCAUAUUAAUGAAUUGAUUAAUAAUCAUGAAACAGCAUUUGCUGAACUUAAAUAAUAUUACAAUACUAUCACUAGAGAGAAUUUAGAACUUAUCAAAAAUUAAAAAGAAGAAAUAGCUAGCAUUAAUGCUAAAUUAUAAAAAAAUAGCAAAAUCAUUGCUGAUAUGAAGGCUGCAAAUAAUAAUAUUAGAAUCCCCUUGAAAUAAGCAACAGAAGAAAGAGAUAUUUUAAAAAAUGCUCUAAAAUAAUUUUCAAAGGUAAUAUUUACAAAUAUUAUUUUAGCACAAAAUGUCUUUGUAAAAUUUACAAUCAAAAAAUACUACUUUAACAGAGAAAUAUGCAGAAUUAAAACAUAAUAGUAAUGACUUAAAUUUUAAGUAUGAUAAAUUAUUAAGGGAAAAAUAAGAAUUAGAAGAAAAAUUUGAAAGAAUUGCAAUGGAAGUUAAAAAACAUACAGAUUUGUAAAAUAAUGUCUUAAGUUAACAAUUAUAAAAUAUGUAAGAUGGAUUAGAAGAGAAGGUUGCUAUUAUAUAUAAAAUAUUUUUAGGAAGUUUAAUUAAAGACUAUUGUAGAGAGAACCAAUAUGGAUCCAUAAAUGUAUCAAUAAUUAACUAUUAAAAUCAAAGAAUCUAUUGAGUAUUCAAUAUUAUUAUUAUUUUUAGAGCUAAAAAUUAAUUAAUCAAGAAUCUUAGAUAUUCAAUUCAUCAUGCUACUAAAGCAUAUAAUGAUUCAAUAAGAGUAUAUGAGGCAAAAUUAGUUGAAUUUGGUAUUCCACCUGAGGAACUUGGUUUCUAGCCCUUGGCAACAAUCACAAGCUCUAUGCCAGCUGGAUUAGUAAGUUAAUGA